AUGUAUCUUUGCAGGCCCGACACUUUUGAACGUACAAGAACUCAUCUUACGAGAGCUAAGCCUACAAGGACUCCUGUAUAUUCAGCAAGGCCGUUUGAAAUGGAGGUCGCUGUCUACACUUGUAACUCAUGUAUGAUACAAUGCCGAACGAGCGAUUUACAGAGAUACCAUAUGAAGACAGAGUGGCACCGGUAUAACUUGAAAAGAAGGGUAGCACAAUUGCCACCAAUCAGUGCAGAUGUGUUUGCAGAAAAGGUUCAGGUUUCUGAGAGAGAGAGCAUGUUGAAUCAAGUUGAUGAGUUUGGAUUUCCGGUGUUGAAACCAAGAGAACCUCACAACCACAGCAAAAAAAGGAUGCUGGCGUCAAAAAAACGAAAAGCGAGGGGCCGGCCCUUCAACGCAACCGAUGAUCUAGUCGCAAGAUCUGGUUCGCCAGCGAGCUCUAUUGCGUCCAGCGUUUCGAAGCUAUCCUUUGCCAGCAGCAACGAGAUUCAUACGGACUUCGACGCCGAUAGAGCCAGCGAAUUUGGCUUUACGUCGGACUCUCAUUUGGAUUACAACACCAGCGACUACAGUAAUAGCGAAUCCGAGUAUACGGUGGACGAGAGUACAGAAUGGACUGUUUGUGACUGCAUUUUCUGCGGAAGGUCAAAUGGAGGCGUUGAGGCAAAUGUGCGACACAUGUUUGGGUCUCACGGACUCUAUAUACCUGAGAGAUCUUACUUGAAGGACAUUGAAAAAUUCUUGACGUUUUUGGGUGAUCUCAUAUUGACGGAUAAGAACUGCCUCUGCUGUUCGUUCACUGGAUCCAGCGUCGAGAGUAUACGAGCACACAUCAUAUCUAAGCGACACGCUCGAAUCCCUUACGAGACGAAAGAAGAAAGAUUGAGAUUUGCGGAAUUCUACGACUUCAGCUCACUCAAGGACAACUCCUCAGCACCAAGCAAGAACCAAAUUUGUAAGGAAGUGAAAUUUGCCCCCGAUGAUGACGCUGCCCAGAGCUAUUCAGAGGGAGACAGUACUCUGAGCAGUGAAAAUCAAGUGGGUGACUUCGAAAGUCCCGAAGCGGAAGCGGUUUCAAAUUAUUCUUCAGCUCAAGUCAACGACGCUGGCGUAGAAUUGACUCUGCCAACGGGCUCCAGAGUUGGCCACCGUAGCAUGCGACGCUACUAUAGGCAGAACUAUCCGCUGCCAGCUGACGAUCGAGAUGGUAACAGAACUUUGGCUGCUGCCGACAGGCGAUUCUGGGGUGGGGUUCAAGAAAGGCAAAUCCGCUUCGGCGAGAAAAAGGCACAACAGCUAGAGCGUCGGGCAAUGAAUAACGAGAUAAAAAAUCAGGCCAAGAGAGGUAACUUCAAAGAACAUUACAGAGACGAAUUAUUACAGUAA